CACAACUAUAUAUAGCAAAGCUGCGUUGUUGAUUUUCGCGACUAUCGGCUCGUCCACGCAUUGUCCAAAGAUACAAGCAAUCAGAUGAGGAUGAGUUCACACAGAGAAGACACUGGUAACAAAGGAAAAGGGAAGGAUGUGUAAAGUUUAGAAUUGUACAAUAUACUUGGGAGCUGAACAGAAGCAGAAUGGAAGAAGGGCAAAGAUCGAUGGAUGGUAGUGACAUAGAGAUUGGGGGAUGUACUCCAGCAGACACACCAUCAGACGGGGAACAUUUGGGAUGUUCAGAUAUUGCCACUUGCAAGCCACACGGAGCAAGUGAAGAAGCAGGCAUGGAGUAUGCUGAAAACAGGGUUGUUGAUGAAGAGAAAGACGGACUUCGUGUUGGCACAGAGGAGGAAGGGGAUGGUUUACAAAACAAGUCACCACUUGGAGCAGAAGCAAUGUCACUAGCGCAAAACAUUGUGGGAUGUUGUCAGCCACCACAGGGAGAAUUAUCAGCAACAACACAGCAACAACAGCAACUCCAAGAAGCUUCACGUGAUGAUCCUGAUGAAAGAAUAGAUCAGGCACAUCUGUCCACAAGUACAACCUGUGUAGUUCCAAAGACAAAAACACUACAGGUCCCAGGAACAACGGCCCUGACGCUAGCGUCCACAUCGUCUCCUUUGCCCAGAAUACCAGGAUCUGUUGUUUCAGACAUACAACUGUCUGAAGUGCCAAUGAAUGGGGAUUCUCCUGCAGUCACACAGUACAACCUUAUACAAGUACAGCAGAAGUUUGGAGAUGUGACAGUGAAGGGCGCUGAGAAUCUGAACAUUGGCGGAACUCAGAAUGUCGGUACAACUCCGACCAACAAAGAGGAAGAAGAGAUACCACUGACUGCAGCACAGAAGAUCAGGAAAAGGACGGCAUCCAGGAUACAGUCAUGGACUGAAGACAUGGUGGAGACAGACGCCCUCAAGAAAGUGAAAGAGAAGCUGGACAGAGGAGCGACCUGGGUGACAAUUAAAGGAAGACCAGGAGAGGGUAAGUCCACAACAGCCUACAUGGCUCUCAAAUACCUACACACACUGGGGAGACAAGUAUACCAAGUGGUGUCACCAGAAGAGUUCAAUGAGGUGAUAACGGCCUGCGUUAAUCCUGUCAUUUUGUUAGAUGACAUAUUUGGUGAUCUGGAAUUCGACGCUGCACAAUGGACCAGGUGGAGACCAAGUCUUCGACCAAUUCUGGAUGUUAAGCAUCCUGACAAAUAUGCUGGAAAAUAUGCCUUAGGUAUUUCUACCAAACCUGAAAAGGUUCUAGAGAGGACAAAAGUUGGUCAAACACAGGUGAAAAGUCCAAACAAAGACAAAACUAUCAUUAUCCUCGUAGGCCGUGACUAUGUGCUGAAUUCCUCAUUGGCAGACUUGGGAAGGAUGGCAGAUUACAUUUCUAGUCCCCAGUACUUGGUGGAAGUUUCCUCACAGAGAGGCUCUUAUGAGCGAAGGCAAAUAUGG